GCAGAAAAUGGCGGCAUUUUAAGAUCAAUUUAACACGAUUAGAUUGAGCUUGCCAGUUUUAUUUUUAGUAUAAGCCAACAAAUGUUUUAUUGAAGGCAUAAUGUGUCGCACUUUAUUUAUUUCGUUGCUGCUACUUGUGACACAACUCGGCGAGUUGCAGGCGGCAGCAUUUUCUAUCCGCCAAAAUCGUUUUGAUGAAGUUCCCGAUUUACAGACUCCUGCUCCAGAGGCCACUUCCACUGAAUCCUCAAAGAUACCCGAAAAAGCGACCAGCGGUUUGUUGAAAAAAUGUCUUCCCUGCAGCGAUGGUAUAAAAUGCGUGCCGCAAAUCCAGUGUCCCGCCCACGUUCGCAUGGAAAUUCAUGAAAAGCCCCAGAUUUGCGAUCUGCCUGCGGGAAAAUUCGGUUAUUGCUGCGAAACUGGACAGAAUCACACAGCUCCCAAGCCGGACAUCUCUUCCAAGGAGCGCCGAUCCGGAUUUCCCACUGUUCUGUCACCCACAGUUUUGGACGAGGCUCGUCGCAAUUUCGAGCACUUGAUGCAUGGAAUUGCGCAGAUUCCGGUACGCCGUGGUUUUCCCGACUUUGCCCAUGGCCUGGUUUUCCAUUCGACGGCCAAGGAUGACCUUCACAAUUUCGCCAUUUCGAACAGUGCCAUCGAACAAGUGAUGACUACCCAGUUGUUUGGCAAGAAGGAGCAGGUGCCCGUAGAAGAUUUCAUCACCAACAAUGUACCCAUCAAGUUCACGGAGACUCCGUUGGCACACCAUUGCCAGCCGCCUCCAGUGUGCGGCAAUAUUCGUUCUGUUUAUCGCAGCAUUGAUGGCACAUGCAAUAAUCCGGAACCACAGAGAUCGCUGUGGGGUGCUGCUGGUCAGCCGAUGGAGCGCAUGCUGCCCCCCGCGUAUGAAGAUGGUAUCUGGACACCGCGUGCUCACUCUUCUGACGGCACUCCGCUCUUGGGCGCCCGUAAAAUCUCACGAACUCUGCUCUUAGACGUUGAUCGUCCACAUCCUAUGUACAAUCUCAUGGUGAUGCAGUUCGGACAGGUCCUGGCACAUGAUAUUUCACAAACUUCUUCAAUCCGUCUCGAGGAUGGCAGCUUGGUUCAAUGCUGCUCCCCCGAGGGAAAAGUAGCUCUCAGUCCUCAGCAAAGCCACUUUGCCUGCAUGCCGAUCCAUGUUGAGCCGGAUGAUGAGUUCUUCGCAGCUUUUGGAGUGCGUUGUUUGAACUUUGUUAGAUUGUCUCUGGUGCCUAGUCCCGACUGCCAACUCAGUUACGGCAAGCAGCUGACCAAGGUGACGCACUUUGUGGAUGCCUCGCCGGUCUAUGGGUCGAGUGAUGAAGCAUCUCGUAGUUUGAGAGCCUUCCGUGGGGGUCGUCUGCGAAUGAUGAAUGAUUUUGGGCGCGAUCUGCUGCCCUUGACAAAUGACAAGAACGCAUGUCCCAGUGAGGAAGCCGGAAAGUCCUGUUUUCAUUCGGGAGAUGGCCGAACUAAUCAGAUCAUAUCCCUUAUCACCCUUCAAAUACUGCUGGCCCGGGAGCACAAUCGUGUAGCAGGCGCACUACACGAACUUAAUCCUUCAACCAGCGAUGAAACGCUCUUCCAGGAAGCACGACGCAUUGUCAUUGCCGAGAUGCAGCAUAUAACCUACAAUGAGUUCUUGCCUAUUAUAAUUGGACCGCAGCAGAUGAAGCGCUUCCGUUUAGUGCCGCUUCACCAGGGCUAUGCACAUGACUAUAACAUUAACGUGAAUCCAGCCAUCACAAACGAAUUCUCGGGUGCUGCCUAUCGCAUGGGCCACUCCAGUGUCGAUGGCAAGUUGCACAUCCGCCAGGAGCAUGGUCGCAUCGAUGAAGUGGUCAAUAUUCCAGAUGUGAUGUUCAAUCCGUCUCGGAUGCGCAAGCGCGAGUUUUACGACGACAUGCUGCGCACUUUAUACAGCCAACCCAUGCAGCAGGUGGACAGCUCAAUCAGCCAGGGACUCAGUCGCUUUCUGUUCCGCGGGGACAAUCCGUUUGGCCUGGAUCUAGCUGCCAUAAACAUUCAGCGAGGACGCGACCAGGGUCUGCGUAGCUACAACGAUUACUUGGAAUUGAUGGGUGCACCCAAACUGCAUAGCUUCGAGCAGUUUCCCAUUGAAAUUGCCCAAAAGCUGUCGCGCGUUUACCGCACUCCCGACGACAUUGACCUGUGGGUGGGUGGCCUGCUGGAGAAGGCAGUCGAGGGUGGUGUAGUGGGAGUGACCUUUGCUGAAAUCAUAGCCGAUCAGUUUGCACGCUUCAAGCAGGGCGAUCGCUACUACUAUGAGUACGACAAUGGGAUUAAUCCUGGUGCAUUCAAUCCUCCGCAGCUGCAAGAAAUUCGCAAGGUAACGUUGGCCCGCCUGUUGUGCGACAACUCCGACCGCCUGACGCUUCAAGCAGUGCCAUUGGCCGCAUUCGUUCGAUCUGAUCAUCCGGGCAACCAAAUGAUUGGCUGUGAUGAUUCCAAUCUGCCUUCUGUUAACUUGGAGGCAUGGCGUGCUUGAGCCACUUUUUAAUCCACUUUUAAUUUAUUUAUCGAUUUUUUAAACUGUAUUUAUAUAUGCGAAUGUCUCGCCGAAUUGUAUAUCCCCGUUUUAUGUAACUGCGGCUUAACACAGAAACCAAAAUAAAACUGCGAUCGAUUAAGCUCAUUUUCAUUGCUAA